UGAACUCCUUCCCAACAUCUCAGCUUGAUGUAGAAAGCCAAUCCAUGGCCUCUACAUUCAUCGUCGGCAAAGUUUACUGUACAACCAGUCCCGACCAUACACCAGACGAUGAUUGUUCCAUGUGUCCCACAUCUUCUCCGUGCGACGUCUACCAUGGCAACAAUGUUUUGAUCGAGCACAAUCCCUAUAGUCCAUUGGUCGACGGCGACAAGGUUUGGUAUUGUUCUAGUUGUAACGAAGGACCGAUCGGGAGCUGGCAAAAUGUCUGCGCAAUCUGUGGCCAUCAGAAAUGCUCUAAUUGCAAAGAGGAGGAGAGCAAAUGAUGUGCGUAUAUACCAUCCAAUACCUUCCAGCGGCCUGUAUUGACACGAAACUCCUUAUUAGUAUCCGUCUCGACCAUAGGGAAAUCAUAUAAACAAUUUGUAUUCACGACAUACGAGGCACACAGCUAGGGCUGUAG